CGUUUACGACCCCCCAACAGUCAAUUGACAGUCAAUUUACUAUUCGCUAGACCCCCGCCUUCCCAGUACGGGAAUGGGCGACUUUUUGGUGGACGCCCCUCCUUUUUGCUCAGUGGAAGGUGUCGUCCGCUGCCCCAUAGUGCCCCUCCUCCGCUGAGUCCACUCCGAGUGACCCCGCGGCCCGGAUCCACACCGUGAACCGCGCCGGGCGAUGAUCAGGAGCUCCACUGCACCCUCCUUCAUUUCCUUCCUCGAAGAAUCUUUCGGGAGUUGAGAGAGAGGGAAUGAAAAAAAAAAAUGAAGCCGCCUCGUGUGUCUUUGUGCAACCGCAAAUCUCGCGACCUGAUCCCUUUCAGCCCUUCUCGCUUGCACAAAUCAUCCAUCACGGCCCGUGUCACCACACAGAAAUGGGAUGCUUUCCUCCGAUUGUGGCUUGUCGGCUGGUUCUCGGUAUCCGGAUUCGACCUGUCGCUACUUGGAUCCAUCAGAUUGGCAGAAAGGCGCGCGUCAAAGGCCAGCUGCCACGGCUGCUACUGCAAAAGAAAAGCAAAGCGCUGUCACGAGGUUCACCUGAUGCAGUCGAUGGCUGCUCCCGUCUUCAAGGUUGCCAUGCGAUGCACUGCCAGAGUCUGCCAAUCUGGGGAGAGGGAUGCAAGUCAUAAGCUCCCGUCUGCCUUGGGGUUGUCGAGGUUGACGACGAGGGUGCCCGGCUCUCCCCGCAGCCCUAUGAAUAAGCGAAUGGAGAAUGGGUUGGUGGAGUUGCGGACGGGAGCCAAGAACGACUCCCGGUCCGAACGAGUCCACCCGCGACUCCAUCGACGGCGACGUGCUCCACCCGGGGAACAAGAAGCACGCAGGCGACAGUGUCCACUCGGGGGGUGUAAUGCUACCCACAUACACCAUGGCCUACGUACGCACUCAUCAUCACCACCAAACCGCGGUCGCUUGCCGGUUUUACCGUCAGUGUCAGGUGUCAGCAUGGGACCGAUAGACUGCCCGGACUUACAGACGGGGGGUGCAAAGAAAGUGUCGAGGCGACCAGGGAAAACGCCGGGAGAGUCCCGAGGAAUAUAGUCCAUCUCGCGGUAUACUAAUCUAUCUCUCGGUCUACUCCCGUCUAUCCGCCACUGGCUUCCAUAUUAUUCCAUCUAGUUUGAUGCACUCGCGCAUUUGCGUCCUUGGCUUCCAUCUACUUGUUUCAAGUCUGCAAUAUGCAAUCCCCGACUCACCUCGUGGUCUUUAUGACUUCACACCUUUUCAAAAUCUCUUCACGUCAUACAAAUGAAGACCAUGUGGAAAGGUGUGCGAUUCCCGACGUCUGACUGGCUCCCCAUCUCGACCGGCCACCACUGCCAGCUGUAGAGGUACAUAGCAGGUCAGCCAUUUUCAAAAAAGUGGACAGACUGACAAAGAUGGAGGGGAGGGUCUCCCACGGCCGACAUCGCACACCCCCUUUUGGCAACUUUGGAUCAAUGUUGGCCCUUUGAUAGGCCCGCUCGA